AUGGCUGCUUUGAGACGCGAAGGAAGGCGUUUCGCUGCCCCUCUCAUCUCCAACAACCCUAUCAAACCCUUCCGUUCCUCUUUCGCCCCUGCUGAGGAGCAAGCUUUAUUGGGAGUUCGUUCUAUUUCAACUCAAAUCGUCCGCAACCGUAUGAAGAGUGUUAGGAACAUUCAGAAAAUAACUAAGGCAAUGAAGAUGGUUGCAGCCUCAAAGCUUCGAGCAAUUCAAACUAAAGCUGAAAACUCCCGUGGGUUAUGGCAGCCAUUCACUGCUCUUCUCGGUGACACUCCAAGUGUUGAUGUCAAGAAGAAUGUUAUUGUUACAAUUUCUUCAGAUAAAGGUCUUUGUGGUGGUAUUAAUUCUACAUCAGUCAAGAUAAGCAGGGGUAUUCGAAAGUUAAAUUCAGGUCCCGACCAGGAAAGUAAAUAUGUCAUUUUGGGAGAGAAGGCCAAGGUCCAACUUGUGCGAGACUCCAAGAAUGACAUUGAGUUAAUUAUAACUGAGUUGCAGAAGAAUCCUCUAAACUAUACUCAGGUUUCUGUGCUUGCAGAUGACAUCUUAAAGAAUGUAGAGUAUGAUGCAUUGAGGAUUGUUUUCAACAAGUUCCAAUCCGUUGUCUCUUUUCUGCCAACAACAGCAACUGUGUUAUCUCCCGAGGUUGUUGAGAAAGAAGCUGAAUCUGGGGGAAAACUUGGGGAAUUAGACUCCUACGAAAUUGAAGGAGGUGAAACAAAGUCAGAAGUACUGCAGAAUCUCACAGAAUUCCAGUUUUCCUGUGUUAUGUUCAAUGCCGUCCUAGAAAAUGCUUGCAGUGAGCAAGGAGCCAGAAUGUCUGCAAUGGACAGCUCCAGCAGAAAUGCAGGAGAAAUGCUUGAUCGCCUCACUCUUACUUAUAACAGAACCCGUCAAGCAUCUAUCACUACAGAGCUGAUAGAGAUUAUAUCUGGAGCAUCAGCACUGGAGGGCUGA